UCCCUGUUCCCACAGAGCUGCUUCAGCAGGCAGCAGCUCCUGGCCGCCAUCCGGCAGAUGCAGCAGCUGCUGAAGGGGCAGGAGACGCGUUUUUCCGAGGGGCUCCGCGCCAUGAGGAGCCGGCUCAGCUCCCUCCACGCCACCCUGGCCAAGGCAGCUCCAGAGGUACCCACCGUCUCCUGUCCCGCUCUCCAAGCCCCCACGGACGGGAGGAAGUUUGGCACCAAGUAUUCGGUGGAGCACGAGGUUCACUUCACCUGCGACCCGGGUUUCCAGCUCCUGGGCUCCAGCACACGGCUGUGCCAGGCCAACGGCACCUGGAGCGGGCAGGAGCCCCGCUGCGAAGAGAUCAGCGAGUGCUCGAGCAGCCCCUGCCAGAACGGCGGGACGUGCCUGGAGGGGCUCAACCAGUUCAGGUGCCUCUGUCCCCAGCAGUGGACUGGGACCACCUGCCAGCACAGGGCACAGACGGCUCCUCCCGCCUGGAGCGUGAGGGACGAUCCCGCCUUCAGCCGCCAGCCCCGCUGUGCCCAGGUGGCCCAGGCCCAGCAGUGCAGCUGCGAUCCCGGCUUCCACAUGAACGGGACGGCCGCCAACGGGCUCUGCCAGGACCUCAACGAGUGCGAGGUGUUCCAGCGGGACGGGGGGCCCCGGCUCUGUGCCCAUUCCUGUGUCAACCUUCCCGGCUCUUUCCACUGCUCCUGCCCCUCCGGAUACGUCCUCCUGGGAGACGGCAAGAGCUGCGAGGACAUCGACGAGUGUUCCCUCUCCCAGGAUAACUGCACGGGCGGGAGCACCUGCAUCAACACCGGGGGUGGGUUCCAGUGCGUCACCCCCCAGUGCCCCCCCGCCGCCGGGAACGUCUCCUACGUCAAAACCUCCCCCUUCCAGUGCGAGCGCAACCCCUGCCCGAUGGAGAGCCGGUCGUGCCACCACGCCCCCAAAACCAUCUCCUUCCACUACCUGCCGCUGCCCUCCCGCCUGCCGACCCCCACGCCGCUGUUCCGCAUGGCCACGGCGGCGGCUCCGGGCCGGCCGGGCCCCGACAGCCUCCGCUUCGGCAUCGCGGGCGGCAAGAGCCGCGGGCACUUCGUGGUGCAGCGCUCGGACCGCCACACCGGGGAGCUCAUCCUGGUGCAGAGCCUGCGGGGCCCCCAGACCAUCCAGGUGGACGUGGACAUGUCCGAGUACCUGGACCGGGUCUUCCAGGCCAAGCACGUCUCCAAAAUCACCCUCUUUGUCUCGGCCUAUGAGUUUUAGGGGAGGAGGUGGUGGUGGUGGUGGCUCCCGGUCCCUGCUCAGUGUCCUGUCCCGAGGUUCUUCCCAGGUGGAUUGACAGGAGGAAAACCCAAAUGAGGUGGAAAAGAAGCGGGAAGUGUGGCACCGUCCUCACCCCCAGCUCCGGAAGGAUGAGGCCCUACAACCACCUGAUUUCUUCGGGAUUCCUGCUUUUCCCUUUAGGAAGGCAGUGAAGCUGAGCAUGUGGGAGGAGGGAGGCUCCUGGCCUUUCCCGCUCUCCUCCCUGCUGGCCUGGGAUUGCUUGGACCCCAGCUCCACAUAAACAUGCCUCUGCUUCCCUUUUCGUGCUUAGAAUCUCCCUGGAGCCUGCUGGGGAUUGAGGUCCAGGGCCUUAAUCCCCUGGGAUUGAUCAGGGCUGGAAAACUCCAUGAUCGUCCACCUGGCUGGCUCCCCGUGCCCUCCUUGGGAAACUGGGCAAAGGAGGAAUCCCAGUGCUAUCCCUGCUCCUUAAACCUCCCCAGCGGGAAUCCCUCAUGGAUCUCCCGGCUGCGUGUGGAGGUGGGAAUAUUCCCUGCUCCAUCAGCCAUCCUGGUGGAGGAGGGCUGGGAAGAGCUGGCAUUCAGCUCUUCCCAGGGGGAUUCACCCCCCUGCUUGUGCAUGUUCUCCUGCCAUUCUGCAUGUUCCCACAUUCCGCUGGAUUCAGUACAAUUAAAGGAUGAUCUAAAGGAUGGCAGCGGAGUGGAGCACCCAGUGGAUGUGUGGAUGGUGGGAAUGCUCAUCUGGAGCCGUCCAGGAGAGCUCUGGGUCUGGUGGGGGAAGGACCUGUUAUCCAUAGUUUUACUUUCCUGCCUUACACUGCUUGGGAUGCUUCCCCCUGGAGCAUCCUCACCCCUGA